AUGGGCGACGAUUCGUCACCUCACAGUGCCUAUAGGGAUAUAGAAGCGGAUCGAUCCGAUGAGGACGACAAGUAUGCCGUUCUUCGUACGACAACAACCUUCGGUGUUUCCUUGAUGAAGAAUCUGGAGACCCUGGUCUGGAUAGACCCCGUCGUGAAGGAUCAAGCCACUUUCACAAGGCUCUUUGCCCAGACAACAGCCCAUACCCUUAAGCUAUCCAACAUUGUGCUGGACGGAGAAUGGCCUUUGCAACCCAUAUUAGCCAGACCAGGUCCCCCUAUACGUUCUCUAGACAUCGAUAUCACUCUUGUGGUACCCCAUAGUGAGAGUAGGGGCCUGGCGCGCGAUGACAGCAUGCCUGACCAGGAAAACACUAUUUUUGAAUCCAUUUUCAAGCUCUGCGGACCGACUCUCGAGUCUCUGACAUGGCAUUACCCGCCGAGUAGGGCAAGGAAGCCAUUUUCCAUCGAUCUAGACACAGAUUCAUUCCCCAAUCUUCGUCAUCUUCGAAUCAAUGAUGACUGGCUUGAGAUGGCUGCAGACAAGGUUCUGACUCUUAAGCGUGUUACGGAUUUGGUCCUCAACCACAGUCAGCUUCAUAAGCUCUACCUCACACAAGGCCGUUCCAAGGAUAGCACCGACUUCGAUCGUCUGCUGCUUGGGAUGGGCCAGUUUAGCAAUCUGCGCUCCCUUCUUAUGGUCUGGUCUGGAGGAGGACGCGAUGAUGAUUUCGACUGGAAGAUCUCCCGCAGCGCAUUGCACGCCAUCUCCGAGAUGAAAGGGUUGGAGCAACUGACUCUUGGGUGCUUCAUAGGCGAUAAUACAAGCGGCAGCUACGAGGAUUAUGACUAUGAUGAUCCAGAGAACAAAGUGCCUCAGUGGAAUGUUGACCACGAUAUGCUCCAAACGCAUCUCUCAGGUCUCAAGAAUCUCAAGAAACUAGCUUUCCAUGGUGAUACAUACAAGCGUCCUAUAGCACCGAAUGAUGACUGGGCGGAUGUGUGUGCAGCCACACAGCCUGGCAGCGACUAUCUGGAUGUCGUGGAGAGUGACGCAUACAAGAGUGUUCCUUCCGUUCAGGAGAGAACACACCUUCGAGUGGUAAAACACGCCAACGCUUGGGCCAAAGAUCUACCUCACCUGGAACGGAUGGUUUGUGAACAGCGGCCCAUGGAGUUCAUUACGAACUAUAAAGGACUUCGCAAGGCAUCACCUCUUGGGACACUCAAAGAUGAGUGCAGGACGUAUAUUAAUCGGGUAUUUGGACUUGCGUCCGAAACUGAGGUAGCCUUCCGCUUUCUUUAA